AGCUCACACAGGACGGCUCGUCUGGUCAGCAACUUCAGCUCUGAUUGUAAACUUUCCCGCACUUGUGCUAUAUGCUUCAGGCUCUGUUCAAACUCUUUCGCAAUGGCCGAUAGCACCCAAGACAUUCACAAGUACGGCACCGAUGAUGGGUGGCACGGCGUGAUUGCGGAAGGAGGAGAGUUUCCACCAGAGAAAGAUCGAUAUCAUCUCUACAUUGGCCACUUCUGCCCCUUCGCGCACCGCGUGCAACUCAUCCGCCACCUCAAGUCUCUCCAACCUUUCAUAACCCUCUCCGUAGUCCGUCCCCACCCGAAAGAAGGCGGGGGCUGGCGAUUCCCAUCUGGCAGACCCUCGGCCUCGUCCGAGUUCGCAGAAUACCCCGGCGCCACCGUCGACCACCUCUUCAAAUCCUCCUUCCUCUCCGAAGUCUACUUCCGAGAUGAUAAAGAGUACAAGGGCAAAUACAGCGUCCCGCUCCUCUGGGAUAAGAAGAGCAACAAGAUCGUCAACAACGAAAGCGCGGAGGUGUUGAGAUGGUUACCUACGGCCUUUGACUCUUUACUCCCGAAGCCCAACGGUAGUGACAUCGAUUUUUACCCUCAAGAGCUGAAAAAGACAAUCGAUGAGUGGACGCCCUUCAUCCAAUCUAACAUCAAUUUGGGUGUCUACCGCGCUGGUUUCGCUACUACGCAGUCCGCGUACGACAGCGCUGUCGCUGUCCUUUUCGCUGCUCUCAACAAACUCGAGGCAUUUGUUCACGCGAAUGGUGGACCGUAUAUCCUGGGAAAAACAUUGACUGAACUCGAUGUUAGGGUCUUUACGACGAUUGUACGCUUCGAUGUCAUCUAUGUGCAGCAUUUCAAGACGAAUCUGGGAACCAUCAGACAUGACUACCCCGUUCUUGCGAAUUGGCUCAAGGGCGUGUUUUGGAGUGAUGAGUGGAAGGGUUUUCGGGAGACGUGUGACUUCAAGCAUAUUAAGGAGAAUUACACAAAAAGCCACAGCGACAUCAAUCCACUAGCCAUAACGCCCAUGGGGCCCUUCCCAGACGUGGAAUCGGGGUACGAAAGCGAUUGGACGAAACUGUCGCCCGGGGAAAUCAAACAUCCUGCAGUUCUGGAAGCUGCUUCAAAACUAUAG